GGCGGGGCCGCGUUCAGGGGCGGUGCGGAGAGAAGGAGCUCGACAGUGAGGCAGCAGCGGAGGGAGAGGAGAGAAAGAAGAGGCUGAGGAUGUUUGUGAGCGGACGGUAACGUUGCUGCAGGUACAGUCUGAUCCGGAUACAGGUUUUAGAGCCGCACCGGACCCCGGCAAAACCGCCUCAGGGCCUUCCUCCCUCCUCUUCAUCACAACAACCCUCCGCGAUGUCUGGCGGAGGAGAUGUACGCGUCCUUCGCCAAGAGGCCGGACAAGAGAGCCCGAGGAUGCCGGCCUGGAAGCGAGAGAUCCUGGAGAGAAGGAAAGCGAAGGGCGGGGGGUCGGGGGUGUCAGGGGGAGCCGGUUCCUGCGAGACCAGCCCCGGUGGAGCAGGCCCGCAGCGGGUUAACGGAGAGCUAACGGGGAAUGUGAACGGGAGCGGCGGCAGCGGCGGUAGCGGCGGGAGCGGCAGCAGCAGCGGCGGCGGCAGCGGCAGGAACUACAGCAUCUCCACAGCCAGUCAACACUUCAGCAACAACAAAGAGCCUCGUCCAGCGGCCCCGGAGAGGACGUGUUCGAGGGAGGAUGAGGGUUCAGAGAGUCUAGUGCUCCAGGAGAGUCUGGGCCCGCUGGAGGAGAACCCAUUCAUCAAGCUGGAGAAGGAGCGGCGGAGGCGGCAGGACCGAGAACACGCCGCGCGUCCGGUGCAGCACAUCCUGGAGCUGUACGGCAGCGUCCCCGGCAUCCGGACCAUCCGCGCAGACAACAUCAUCAUCAUUGAAUCAGACCCGGAUUACUUCCCGGAAGCUGCAGGGUUAAAACCAGGGUCACAAUGGCAGCAGAACGGAGUCAGUGGGUACAGCUCCCUGAACGACCUCCUGGACCGCAGAGGGAGUGCUGUCACAGAGAUAAGGGCCAAGGAAGUGGUCAUUUAUGACACCACGUUAAGCAAGAGCGAGGAGAACUUGAGCACCCUGGGCCGCCCUGACCAUGAGGUCUCAUCAUAUGAGACCGGUCAGGGCCAAGGCCGGGUGAGCCGGAUGCUGCAGAAGUUUGACAGCAACUAUGGUAAGCUGCAGAAGAAGUCCCACAGCACAGAGAACCUCCUGGACCUGGAUUGUGGUUCCAGCAGUAGGACAAGACUCUGGGCCAAGCAACAACCAGAUCUGGUGCCAAAGCCCAGGCAGGGCCAAUCGGUCAGCGGCCUGGGCAGCAGCCAACCAUCCUCACCCGUCUUCCAGGGUUCCUGGUCUUCCAAACCAAAGACACCGACAGCUGUCUCUGACCCCAGUAGCCCGAAGCGCUCUGCUGCACACGCCCAGUCUGUGUCUUCAUUCAGACAGCGGUUCGAGGAGAGUGGAGGUCGUGGAAUGGCUGUGACCACAAGAGAUGAACCAGACAGGGGGCAAACAAAGCCCACCAGGGAGAGAGACUGGGAGGGCGCAGAGGUGCCACCCAAACCCAAGGUGCCAUGCUCUCCGGAGACCCUUCUUACUCGUGCAGUGUCCCCUUCAAGCCCCGUCUCUAAGGUGUCACACUCCUCACCUGACUAUGAGAUCCGUCCCUCCCCAAGGCCAGACCUCUCUAGAAUCCCUGAUGGUGAUGUUCAGGCACGGGCUCUUGCAAACCUGCGCCUGCAGUCCAAAAACUCCUUCCAAGUGAUCCCUAAGCGGCGUCCCAGCCCAACGCCUUCAAGCCCUGUCAGGUUGUCCCCCUCCCACAGAGUAGCCACGUCAGGAGUGCCAAACUCCCACCCCCCCAUGCCCAGUUUGACGCCCUCAAAGAGGAACGAGGAGAAACUGAAGGAGGAGAAGGACGUGGAGAGGCCAGGGAGGCCAUCUAAGGCAGAAUUAUCUCCUUCUGCCACCACAAGUCCUGUGCCUCCUCCUAUCUCAGAACCUUUGUCCCCACCUCCUGCUCUGACCUCAGUCCCCUCCUCUCCACCUGCCCCGACUUCACCUCCAUCUUCACCUGCCUUCUCCCCUGUUCCUUCUGACUCUCCUGCCCCAUCACCUGUUCCUUCUUCCCCCUCUCUCCAAGUUCUUGAACAGCCUCCCACAGAUCAGCUUCCAGUCACAAACAUCGAUGACAUCGAGGUGGAUCCUCCGCAGCGAGUACCGGUCCCCAGCCCCAUGGUGCACAGGAAAAAGGGUAACACCUUCACUGUGAUACCUAAACGCAGGUCGGAGCCUGAGGCUCAGCCGGGCUCCCCUGAGCCCCAGCAGGAAGCCUCCAGUGAGGGUCCUCCAGGGUCCACACCCCCACAGGCACCCUACGCUCAGCUGGGCUCCCUGCUGAAGAAACGCUACCCUGCUGUGGAGGAGAUCGAGGUGGUUGGUGGAUACCUGUCCCUGGAGAAGUCCUGCCUCGUGAAGACCGGCUCCACAGGCAAAAAGCUGAAGAUCUCCUUCAACGAGUCCAGUCUGAGGAGCACGUACGAGUACCCGUCAGAGACCAGCUGGGACAGCGGGGACGAGGAUGAGGUGGAGAAGCAGGAUGGUAAGGUGUCGGACGAACAGCCAAGCAUGGUGGGACGAAUCCACAUCCCCCGACCCAGUUUCGCAAACUCUCCAACGCAUCUGAACAACAGCAACGAUCUUGCCAGCUACGUCCCCAAACACUCGGUGGACUACAACACCUGGCAGGAGCAGAAACAUGAAGAGAAUGUUUACCAGGAAGAAACCGCCACACAGCAGACGGACAUCUCAGAGGAAGUUAUGCUCACACCCGCAGACAGCUCCUCCCUGUCUGACUACAGCAGCGAGCCGGCGCUUUACUUCUGAUCAGUCGGACCAAUCAGCUGUACAGUAGCAUCUCACCUGUGGGACCAGACUGCAGCCAGAGCCCUGAGAGGUCUGCGACACCUGGGCCUGGACUGCCUCCAGCUCUACACUCCAGCCGUCUCUAAGCACAUCGUCCUGAUCACACAGGAAAUACAAUAUGUUUUUUGUUUGGCUGAUUUCCUGCCACGGUACCGCUGCACGCCACAUUACCAACUGCAUAUCAGAGCAGAACAGCUUUUUUUGUCAAGUGGCCUGUGUUCCAAUCCCACUUUGUCCCUGAUCUGACCCAAAAGCAGCUGGACUGUCUUCCCCCCCACAUAAUCCUGGACAGUUGAUCUGUCAGCCUCCUUCCCUCCUCGUCCUCACUAACGAAACAUCUGACAGAAAAUCAUAGGGAUUUUCAGAAUCUGCGGGAGACGCAUGUUUGCUUCUCCUCACUCUGGGAGAAAGAAGUGAAGUCACAUCUAUGUAUUUCACGUCAGUGUUUGCUGGAUGUUGACAAGCAAAGGAGCUGAAACACAGGAAAGCCGCCAGUGCCCAUGAAUACAUAAUGCCACGGUGACAGAGUUCAGUGUUAUCACGGAGAAGUCUCCAAAUGUGGAGGACGUGGAGGAGAUAUCCGCCUGUGUAGAUCGCUGGCAGACUCAAACACAAAAACAAAAAUGGUUAAAGGGUGCCACAAUCGUAGUUUUGUUUUCUGUUGUUUUUGUAUCUGCAUGUUUGUUUCUCUUAAACUGUAAAGCUUCUGUAUGCCUUUUAGUUUUUGUACGUUUUCUGGCAAACUAUGCUGUAUCGAAGCUGCUGGACGUUUAGUGAGAGAGUCUCGAUGGCAAGCAAACUUCAACCCGCCUCCUUUACCCGUGACGGGGGAGGGAACAUUAUGCACCCCAGGGAAGAUUUUCUGUCAGUCAGCAGCGGCUCUGAUCUCUGAUUGAAAAGCUUGAAAAAGUGACCUUGGCCAACAAUGUCUGUAUGUCCCUAUUGCUGUUGAAAAACAAAACAUCAUACUGUAGAAUGUUCUGUAUACUCUCUCUAAUAAGAUAUCUGUGUCACGCCACGAUUAUUAAAUCAGCUGUAUGUAAGAAGUGGACGUAACAGACGUGAUGUCACCCCUGUAAACUACAACAAAGAAGUCUUAAGUUCGGCUGUCGCUAUAUUUUUAUGUCUUUAAAUGGAGGGGACCAAAUUUUGUCAAAAGAGGAGAGCUGGAGAGGAGGGGAGGUUGGCAAACUAUACAGUUCUAUUCAUUAAAGCUCCUAUAAGGAGUUUUUACUGCUGUUCAAACAGACUCAAAUUAGUUUUGAGCUACAAAACAAACAGGAUCAUCAGAAGAAAGAUUAUUUAUCUGCAGCUGUUUGUAAUCCCAGAAACCACCUCUGCAAGGACGGUGUCAGUAAAGUCAUUAACAGCACUUUGCUGAAUCAGCCUUUUUGCAUGUGUACAUGACAACGUCAGCAAAGUGUUAGGAGUCAAAAUCAACACAACUAGAAGUUCCUUGUUAGUGCUUAAGGUCUCUGUAUCCUGGAGACUGAGAUUCUUUUGAUUGGUGCUGCAGGGAGGCAGGUGAAGAGGAAAAAAACGUGUCUUCAUAUCACUAAGGCCAAAGAAAGGACAUCAACAUCCUGACUCUGAUCCAUGACCGGCUAAAACUACAACACUGUAGUUCUCACGCCAAACACAGUGACUGCAGACCACCUUGUUAAUUCAACAUAUCAAAUAACACCAAAAUGAUACUGAAUUAUUGAGCUAUGGCCCAGGAUUCUUUCUCAGUCUGUUUGAUGGUAACAGCAGUCUGAGAUAUUCAUGAAAAAAUCCCCAAAAGGAUCUCAACAGAGCAGAGAUGUCAGAUUAGAGGACUGGAUUAGCUCAGGGUGAUGAGGGUCACUCACAUGGCCACGCCCCCGUUGAAGAAUAAAUAAAAACACAGUUCAAAGAGGUGAUGGGUGUAAACACAGAAGCUUCAUAAACAAACUUUUUGUUCUGGGCUGUAAACACUUCAAUCUGUCGUAAAGUCACAGGGUUGACUUUUUUUUUUUUUACCUCUAGUGGUCAUUUGAGGAACUGCAGUUUUUGCACAUUGUAUUUGGCUUCACUUUUCUGCCCUAUAGUUUCCCUCUCCAUUGUUACGUUUCCAUCCUUCCCAGUAACUUCUCAAUCACAAGUACGUAGCUCCACCUGUAAGCAUCUUUUGUUGUCUAUUAAUCGUCUCACGUUGUACGUUUUGCUGUGAAUCAAAUUGUAGUUUACAAAAUGAACAUCAUGCUGUGUGGCGUAAGACUUGAAACUUGCGAUUAAGACAAUUUACGCAUUCGGACAAUGUUUACUGAGCUAACAAAUACAUUUAGAAGUAGAAUAAUAUCCUUAUAUACUUCUAAACAAUCAGACAUCAAAAAAUGCAAAAGUCUUAGGUACUCUCCAAUCAGCUCCUCCUCCUCUUUUUAACCCCAGAGGCUAAAUCCACUUCUUAUAUACUGCGUCUGAUUUUAUCAAAAGCUGUUAAACCUUUCGUUCUUGCUUUUCGUGUAUUUAUUCCUGCUGACAGUUGAAGUUUGCAUGUCGCAGACCUGCUUGUGUACAUAAGACAUUUUUUGUAAAAACAGAUUUGCUGGUGUUGAAGGAACCAGACUGGUGCAAACUGCCCUGAUGGUCGUUUUUAGUUCUUUCUGUUCCGGUCAGACCUCAUGCACUCUCACAUUCCACGGAGAAAACAGAAGGUUGGUUAAAGUAUGAAGGCAACAAGAAGUAUGAUCACUUAUGAUUUAGCAUGUUUGUGAGAAUGGAAGCAGAACUGUGCGUGUGUGAAAGGAUGUGUACUUUUUAUUAUUAAGAUUGUUUUAUUCAAGAAAGCAUCAAGUUUCAAGAUGAUUUUUUUAAACUCAUAAUGCCAACGGAUUAAAGUGUUGCUGUGACGGCCUCACAGUCAUUCCCCACACGCCCCGGGUCCCCCUUUGGCCAGUAUUGUUGUACAGUUUCCACCACGAUUCCAGAUGUUUCUUACUGCUGUCAUUCUGUUCUUUUCUCCAAUCAGAUGAAAGCGUUCAGUUGCUGUUGAGACCGUUUGUCUUUGUCUGAUGAAUUUAGGAAUUAUCUGUUUCGUCUGGAGUCUUCUUGGAUGUUAAAUGUGUUUGCACUGUCAUGCUUUGAGCUUUGUUUUUGCACCUCAUGACAGAACAGAGAGGGGCGACUGAGGAAGUGUGCACUCGAAAGUAACAAGUCGAAACGAUUACCACUAUCAACGCCUGCUUUUUUUAUACAACCACUGAUUGUACGUCAGAUACAGAGGGGGAGAAUUUGGAGACCUUGGUUGCCAGAAAACGUUUUUUUAAAUGAUCACUGAUUGAGUCCUGUUCUUAGACGAACUCCUCAAACACAUGAAGAAUGCACUGCCGCUGAAUGCCAUGUCCAGUUUUUUACUCUGUUUGCCACAGCCUUGCAUUAAAAGUCUUAAGAUUGUCGGCCUUUUCGCUGUGACCAUUAACUGUAGCCUAAACGUUGUUCUCCACACAGGUCCAGUGCUUCAUCUAAUCCCUGAAGUUACUCAAAAAGAGUGUGUCGUUUAUAAAAACCUGUUGACCAAAUGUCAAAUAUGAUCCAAAGGACCGUACCAGUGAGUUUGCAUGUUUGAGACAAAUAUCUUUGUAUUACUGCCAAUCAUUCUGCAAACCGUGCUACUGUGGUUUACACGUUUGAAUGUACUUUUCUAACUGUUUCAGGUCUCCAUUCAUUUCUGCUUAAUUCAAAUGAUAUGAAUACAAAGCAGAGAACUAUUAAUACGACAUCCCAGGAACAUGAAGAGGCUUUAUUGUUGCGUUGUUACUCAGUUGGGCUUGGUAUGAGCUGAAAUAACUGUUUCAAAACCAAAGUACAUUUAAUUGUUGAUGCCUUUUUUUGCAAAAAAAUAAUUUUAAAUAAGUUGUAUGUUAAAGUCAAGCAGCCAAACAAGAAUUUUACAGUUUCAAACUGGGAAAAAAAAUCCCCAUUAUAAUAAGAAAUAUCAAUAUGUGCAAGAAUCUGUGUUUACGUUAUUUUGCACAGUAACUAAAUCAGUAACAGACGCCUGCAAUGAUUGACAUACUUGUAUUAAGUUUGAAUUUUUGUCCCAAGAAGAGACUGACCCUCUGUCUAUGCAUUAAGCAUUGAUCUUACUCAAAAUGUGUGGCCACUGUAUUUUUAAAAUGACACCAUAACACUUAAAUGUUGUUACAUGUUGCUAGAAAGGACUCAGAUGGGCGCGGACUUAGUCUAAUGGUUAAUUUGCGCGCCCACAUGGUGGGCGGCCCGGGUUCGAAUCCAGCCUGUGGCCUCUCUCCCAGUUUCCUACACUGUCCUCUCCUCUACAAAUAAAGGUCUAUAAAAAAAGCCCCCAAAAAGAAAAGACUCAGAUACCAUUAUGUCCGUCAGAGGCUGGUAUCAACCCAAUAUAACACCCUGUCAACAGAUCAGUCAGGCUCCAUUAGAAAGCACUACCGUCCAGCUCGAUUUCUCAAACUGAUCUUUCUAUAAGUUCUGAUAUUUUAGGGUAACUUCAUAAAACAUUUAUAUCAGGAGGAAAUGAAUGGAAACCGAUGGCUGCUUACGUUUGUAAUUAAGGAGCUCAAACUCUUCAAACUUACUGGUACGGUCCUCUAAAGUCUCCACUGGGCCUGCUGUGGAGCUGUGGCUAACAGUCAGACAUGCCUGUGGAUCCAUCUGUGGGAGCUGAUGCCUUCAAUGACCCAAACACCAAAGAGGUCUUCUCUUGAGUGGGAAUCUGUAACUCUCCGUCUCUCUGUAAACCUGAAUGACUCCACUGAAAAAUGUUCUGACGGCCGCUGCCGGGAAAUAGAAACACACCACUUGACUAGAUAAGUGUCCACGUGGCGUCUUAACGCAGUGUUCCCCCGUCUGUCGACUCCUGUUGCAAAGUGAGCCAUUCGUAUUGGUCACGCUGUAGCAGCUCUGUGGUGAAAGCUCCCUCAUGUUCCCCCAUUACUUCCUCCUCCGUCUGUAAAUUGAUGCAUCUCAGCAGAUGUGCUUACUGUAAAGUUAUUGUCAAAGAUUUGGGCAAAAAAAGAAACAAAAAAAGUGAUGUCAUACUUGUACAAAUGAAAGCUCAAUAAAUAGAAGACUUGAACAAAC